UUUAAGAGUUCUUUUUUAGGAAACACAAUAAAGUUAUAAUAUUAUAUUUUUAUACGCUUCACUGUCGUCGAAUGAUUUCCGUAUCGUAAAAUUUUAAUUUCGUCUUCAAUGUUAAAACUAAUCGAACUUGCAGAUCUAUAAUAUUUUGAGGUUAUGAACGGGUUUUGUAUAUUACAUAUCCGAAAAUAUAUUUUCGUGUUAAGUAUAUAUCCAUUCUGUGUAGUAUACACAACUUAACUUAUGUUUUAUUAUGAAGCGACGUCAAAGAAGACCUGUUUUAGAAAUUAAUCAAGGACAAACUGGUUCUCACGGAGAACAUGUACAAAAUAAACGCAAGCAGGUAACCAGUGAUUACCCAGGACAAAGUGUACCUGCAAAUCCAUUGGCAAAUUUACUUUGUCAUUAUAAUUCAGAUAGCGAUACAGAAGAAGUUAAGAAAGAUGUUUGUAAGUUGGAUGAUCAGGUCAAUAAUUUCCUUAAGGAAAUUCAACUUAUUGCCCCCAAACAACCACUUCCAAAUGACUCUAGUAAUUCUACCAUAAUUUCAAAUCCAAAUACACAUUCUGCGCAUCAAAUAAAUCAACAAGCACUGAUGUGGCGAGAAUGUUUAGACGAAUCUUCAGGUUAUCCUUAUUAUUGGCAUAUUGAAACUAAUGAGGUAACAUGGGAGAUGCCAGAGGAAUUACGGUAUUUAAAGAAUAAUAUUAAAACAAACUCUGUCGUGAAGCCACUUUCAAUGCAAGAAUCACACUGGGUUGAUUUCUCGUCUGUUGCAUAUCAGCAAUCUCAUGAGAAUAUUCCAGAAGGCAUGAUACCAAGGGAAGUAGUGGUUCGAAAUCGUAAUAGAUAUAUUUGCAAUGAAACCGUUCAAAAACGAGACCAUCAGAUCGAUCAAGACACCGCAAAUACGUCCGAUAAUGAAUCUGAUGACGGAAAAAUAGAAAUGAUAACAUCCUAUGGGAGUGACGGAAGCGAUUCAGAUGCCAAUGACGAGAAUCGUUCGAAAAACGAAGUGUCCUCUGUUUCUGUAAACGAAUCGACCAAAAUAAGUUCGAUGUCAAAGCCAAAAAGCAUAGAAAUAUUUUCUUCGUCUGCGCCUGUAACGCAAUUACAACUGUCGGCAACUUCUCAAAAUCCAGAUAAGGAUUAUGAUAACAAAGACGAAGAUACGAAAACGGAAGUAUCGUUAGAUUCUAUACCAACUGAUGAGAAAGAGGCAAGGUACUUAAAGAGUCAAGUAAUAUUACAAGAGUCUGAAGAAUGCACGAGCAAAACUGGCAGCGAUAAUCGUAUAACGAAAGAAUCUAAGGUAAUCGGAACCAAGAAAAUCAGUAAUAAACAAAAUGUUAAUUCCGAUUUGGAUUUUCGUAUAUCUUUGGUGCCUGGUUAUGAUGAAGAUUCUGACGCCGAGGAAGAGUCUGAAGUUAAACAGGAGAGGAAAGCUUUAUUUCCGAUUCCUCAAACCGAUGCCACCACGGAGAGUGUAUCCGUAUCGCGUAGAUCUAUUCAAAGCAAGCACGUUACCCUGGACGAUAGUCAAGUCAUGGACAGUAACGACAGCGAUACUAACACCGAAAAAAAAAUUGUCCAGGAACAAGAUAGUGAAAGUGUUCUGGAAGGGGCAGAAUGCGGAGAGGAACCAGUUCUAAAGCCGGAAGAGGAAGGGCAAAAAUCGAAUAAGUUUCUCGAUAAUUUUCACGGGCGUAACAAAUAUUUUCAACGGAAAAAACGAAUUGCAUUUGAUGUUCCCUCGACGAAAACCAAGACGAACGAUGAGGGUGAGGUAACUAAACCGGAAGUUGAGGCGCAACAAGAGGAUGUAAAUUCGCGUGACAAUGCUGAACGUGACGAUGAAUCGCGCGUUGAUUCUCAGGAAGAACAGAAUAUUGCGAUGCAAGAAGAUACAAUGGAAAAUGUUGUGAAUUUUAAGAAGGAGUCGUGUAACAUCGAAGAAGAGACGAGUAUGGUGCCUGAAGCAGUUGGAGACUCGAAGGAAGAGGAGGGAGAAGUGAAUCUACUUUCGCAGAUCGUACUCGAGAAACUGAAGUUUCUGUCCGAGGGAAAACCGAGUGUGUCUCCUGUUCAAAUGAUGUCGAUACAGUUACAGACAUUGUUUGUCGCGUGGGAAGGAGGUUGCUUAGAAAAGGGUUACUUGCGUAGAUGGUUGACUGACACCAGUCACGAACUGGAACGCUUGGAACAAGAUGCAGCACCACCAGGAUGGCUUUGUCAGUGGGAUAGGUCGCAUAAGCGAUAUUAUUACCAGAACACUACCACUGGAAUAACGCAAUGGACCUAUCCGGACACUGGCAUCGCCGGUGGUGCAGAAGAAAUGGAAAUUUGCUCAACACCUCCGCCAAUUGAACAGGAAGAAAUGAUUAUUCCUGUAGCAGCAGAAGAAGAAGGAGGACUGAAAUCGAAACCAAAGAAAGCCCAGGAUAGCAGCGAGGCGAUCGAAGACACAAUAGUUCCACGGAACAUCGACGUGGAAGCUCCACCUCCGCCACAAAUCUCUAACCCAAGCCCACCGCCACCCCCAAGAAUAUACGCAAACGAUUUGAAGAAGGAUAAAAGAAAACGGGACAAAAACAGUGACAUAUUGGAUGGCAAGAAGCAACGUCUGGGAGAAGAGGGAACAAUAAUUGUAGAGGUGAACCAAUUGGAGAACCCUUCCAUACUUACUCAUUCUUCAGCUUCAUUGUCACCUCAGACCUCUAGCCUUGCGAGUGUUACCAACGUAGAACCCCUGCCACCAGGUGUAGAUUUAACCGAGGCGCCUUACGAACUACCCGCGACUGCUUUGAAAAGAAUUAUUUACAGUGCUGUGCAGUCGCAAGGUGGUGCGCUUUACGAAGCGACUGCAAGGGAUCCAACAGUUCCUAUUUUAAGUCAUCCGGCAGCCAUAGUUCAAGAACAUUACCUUCAAUAUCCAGCUUAUCAUCAACACUUGCAUUCUCCAGCGGCCUUAGUACUUCCACAUAAACACGGCGUGCAACCAACGAUCCAACUGAUACCGGAUUACACGCCCAUAUACACAAAUCACAAGGUGAUCGAGAAACCGCCUGUUAAAACGGCUAAAGAGUCUCUGGUGUCCGCUCUCGAUUCGUUUUACAACGACAUAGCUCGCAUAGAAAACAGUGGGAACGAAAAAGUGACUCAGAGACAAGAUACUUUAGUAACGGAACCGUCUUCCUUGCCUACGGAGGAAACGAGCGUAGACGCGGAACAAGAACUUCCUUCCGUCGAGGUUACAGUGAAGGAAAAGAAGAGGAAAAAGGCGCGAAUUGGUAUUAGUAAGAAGCAUAAAGAGGUGUCUAGCAUGGUAGCCAAAUGGCAGAAAGUGCAACAAAAUUUUGAGAACACGUAAGGUAAAAAUAACACGGGGAAAAUAGUGAUCAGCGAGGAACAGGUGCAAGUUUUGUAACAUAGUGCAUUGUACUUCCGCCAGUAUAGUGUUCCUGUAUCUGCAGUCACAUUGUUACGAUUUCAUGCUCUUUGUGUUUUUUUUUAUUUAAAAAAGUUCCAUGAAUCCGAUUGAUAUAAAUAAUAGAAAGUUCAAGACGUUUACUGUAGUGACAGUUUACGUGUUAUCCACGCACACAAAACACGAGCUGUAGAAAAUAAGCGUUAUCGCGAUCCAAAAACAGUUAAUAAUAUUUCAUAUUAUUUUCUCCCAUAGCAAAAAUUAUCAAUGUAAAAAACAAAGAAUAAUCAAUAUGUUCCCAUUGUUUGAAAUCAAUGCGACGAAGUACAGUUUACAUAUUAACCAUAAAAUUUAUUGUUUCGUCGAAUACACGAAUUUGACGAAUAUUAACAAAUACUUUCAACGUUGUAAAUAUCGUGUCUUGCUUCUACAAACGGAUAGCCGCUGCUUAGAAGGUAGAUUGAAAAUAACAGGUUUAGAAUCAACCGUCUAUUUUCCCAAGGACGAAGUGCGAAUGCUGUGCGCAUUUUUGAACGAUGCGAGACUAAUUUAGUAUUUCGGUCACCGUGCAUAUCGUGCAAUCUAUUCUAACAGCGACCGGCGUCAUUAAACGAAUAUUAUUCGGAUGUGAGAUAGUAUAAAAUAAAUCAUUAACCAGAGACCAUAUUUAGAUACUUCCGUGAGUUGUAGAAUAUUUUUUAAAAGGACUACGCAAGAGCUGGUAUCAUAUGGACAUUUCUUUGUAAGAUUGUAUGCGUUACAGAAUUCAUCUUUUGUAACAAUAUGUAAAUAUAAU